CAAGGCAGGCGCCGAGGUUUGCAAGGGCUCACAGUGGCCAGAAACCUGGCUCAGAGCAGUGGCAGCCCACUGCCCGUGAGCUAAGGACAGUCCACUCCCUCUCGCCGGCUCCAAAUCCUGAUCCAGGCGGGGGCCAGAGGCCCCUCGCCUCCCCUCUGAGGACCAAAGAUGAGCUUCCUCUUCAGCAGCUGCUCUUCUAAAACAUUCAAACUGAAGAAGAAUAUCCCUGAAGGAUCUCAUCAGUAUGAACUCUUAAAACAUGCAGAAGCAACUCUAGGAAGUGAGAAUCUGAGACAAGCUGUUAUGUUGCCUGAGGGAGAGGCUCUCAAUGAAUGGAUUGCUGUAAAUACUGUGGAUUUCUUUAACCAGAUCAACAUGUUAUAUGGAACUAUUACAGAAUUCUGCACUGAAGCAAGCUGUCCAGUCAUGUCUGCAGGUCCAAGAUAUGAAUAUCACUGGGCAGAUGGUACUAAUAUUAAAAAGCCAAUCAAAUGUUCUGCACCAAAAUACAUUGACUAUUUGAUGACUUGGGUUCAGGAUCAGCUUGAUGAUGAAACUCUUUUUCCUUCUAAGAUUGGUGUCCCAUUUCCCAAGAACUUUAUGUCUGUGGCACAGACUAUUCUAAAGCGUCUGUUCAGGGUUUAUGGCCAUAUUUAUCACCAGCACUUUGAUUCUGUGAUGCAGCUGCAAGAGGAGGCCCACCUCAACACCUCCUUUAAGCACUAUUUUCUUUGAUCAGGAAUUUAAUCUAAUUGAUAGGUGUGAGCUGGCACCUCUUCAAGAAUUAAUAGAGACAUUUGGAUCAAAAGACAGAUAAAUGUUUCUUCUAGAACACAGUUACCCUCGUUUCAUCUAUUGCUAGAACUAUCUCAUUGCUAUCUGUUAUAAACUAGUCAUACAGACUUUAAGAAAACAGGAUAAAAAGAUACCCAUUGACUGUGUCUACUGAUAAGAUUAUCCCAAAAGUAGGUUGGCAUGAUAGUUUCCGAGUAAGACCUUAAAGACACAGCCAAAUCUUAAGUACUGUGUGACCACUCCUGUUAUUAUCACAUAGUCAUACUUGGUUGUAAUAUGUGAUGGUUAACCUGUAGCUUAUAAAUUUACUUAUUAUUCUUUUACU